AAAAGCCUAUUCAGCAUAUUCUUACCUGUCCAUUACCUGUCUAUGUUCUCUUCUCUCCAUCCUUUCAUUUCUUUUGUUUAAAUUAAUUCCCACCACAUUACUCCAGCUCCUUCAUUAUAUUUUCCUCUUCUUCUCCUUCACUCCUCUAGUCUUUCUACUCUAUUCUUCAUAAUUCCUCUCAAAAAAAUUCUCACUUAUAUUACUACCAAACACUUCCUUCUUAACUCAUUAAGAUGACAAUGAGCGACUACAACAACAACAACAAUAAUGAUAAAUCGCCAUUUGGUGAUACGACUCUUACCAAGGUUUUUGUAGGAGGAUUAGCAUGGGAAACACCUAAACAAGCCUUGUUUGAGCAUUUUGAAAAAUAUGGUGAGAUCUUUGAGGCUGUUAUCAUCUCUGAUAAGAUCACUGGCAGAUCCAAGGGUUAUGGCUUUGUGACCUUCAAGGAGCCAGAGGCAGCAAAGAAGGCAUGUGAGGAUGCAACACCAAUCAUCAACGGGAGGCGAGCAAACUGCAACCUAGCAGCGCUCGGGGCUCGCCGCCCACCUCGAUCAUCGUCGACAACUCCGCAACCCCAUCAUCAACGUCAAGCAUCCAAUGGAAGCAAUGGCAGCGGAGGUAGUGGUGGCAAUGCAUUAAGCCCCACCUCAGCUGCUGCGCCACCUGCUGGUCAUGUGCAGUGGUAUUAUCCAGCUGCUGUUGCUUCUGGUCGUGCUACUUCACCCACCCCAACGACACCGUUUCAUGCCCAUCAGCACCAUCAAGCUGUUCCCUUCUAUGGGUAUUCUCCUACCUACAUUGCAGCUGAUGUUGGCUACAAUCAUAAGUUAAGCUACAGUGGUGGGGCCUACAUAAACGGGGGGCACUACCCACAGAUGUAUCCAGGGCAGGCUUUGAUGGCGGGAGCAAACACAUUGAUGCCAAUGUACCCAUUUUACCCUUACUCUCACCAACAUCAUCACCACCAGCAACCCCAUCACCAGGCCGCUAUGGGCCUACCAGCCCACAUUUUUCCACCCACAUCAGCUGGCCCAAUGACUGCUCCCCUUCCUAUUAUUACUAAGCCCACUACUCCUGUUUGCAUAGCCCCUCCUACAGUGUGCUUAACUGUGGAGUAGGUUCAGUUGGAGCAGGAAAGAACUUGAAGAAUUGCAGCUGAUAUUCAAUUAUUACAACCUAAGGAAGUUGGUGUCUUUGCCUCAGAAUCACAUUAUUAUCAUCUCAUCUGGGACAAGCUCUUCUUCUCAACUAAAACAAGAAAAAGGGAAAGAAAGACCUUUUUUUUAUUCAAUUUAAUUUGUUUAAUAAUUUUUUUAGUUAUUAAUCUUUAUUCUUAGGUAUUGGAUAAUUAAUUAAUUAAUUAAUAUAUUCAUUUAUUCUCUCUU